AUGGAUACGGCAGCCCCUCCAGACUUUGUACGGGAGGCUCACCCGGCCGUGGGCCACAAGGUGACUGCCCACCUCUUCAAGGACCUGGCUGUCAAGCUGGGAAUACCACACGAUGCGUCUUCCACUGCCACUGGCGAAUGGCAAGGUGUACGACCCCUUGGAGUAGGUGGCCAAGGGAGCACAGGACUUUUCAUCCGGGUUGACCAGAACAACAACGUUCGAGAGGUAUUAUGCGUCCAUUGCCGACUUUCAUUCGGCAUGUUUAGUGCUAACGCUUCUCCAGCGUCUCGUCGUCAAAGAGUCAGUUGUAAUGAGUCCGGGCGCCUGGUACUUUCCUCUCAGUUGGGCGCCUCGAACGUAUCACCGCCUGGGCUAUAGGGACUACCACGCUGCCAUUGAUUUUUCGGAAGCUAGUGAGACCUACAUCCAUCGCAUACUCUCAAACACACAGAGUCAAUGGAUAGUCGAAUACCGGUAAGUAGCCUCUAGCUGUUCUACCAGAAGGAAGACAUACUAAUCCAUCACCUGCGCCGGCAGUGGCCGAAGUCGAGUAAAUACCCGACACCAGCGAUGGCGCCUGUACACAGAAUAUUGCCCGUACGGUAGUCUCGCUGACGUAUGGCGUCGCUAUCAGGGGAUCAAUUGGCUUGUGCCGGAGGCCUUCAUCUGGUAUUGUGCUCUCUCACUCGCCAAAGCAGCUCAAAUCAUGGAACAUGGCAGCGAAGAUGAUGGUCCCAACAAUUGGAGGGAGGUUAUCCACCGCGACAUCAAGCCCGACAACAUCUUCCUGAGCGAUCCCGCAGCUGAAGGUACAGAGUGGCGCCUAUACCCUGGAGUUAAGCUGGGAGAUUUCGGUCAUGCCGUGGAGACGACCGCGAACGAGCCAUCUAUCUAUAAUCCUCGAUUAUACCGAGCUCCAUCUGGCACACCUGGCUACGUUUCGCCUGAACAGCGGCCGUUGUGGUUCGAAAGAGGAACGAGAAACUUCUACGAUGAGCCCCGCCUUAGCUCAAAGUCCAAUGUCAGUUGAACAAGGAUAGAAAUGCACUUUGAAGUGCGGACCGUGCGCUGACCUUCUUCUCCGCCAGGUCUAUCAAAUCGGCAUGACGCUGCUCACACUUGUGCAUCGAGCUUAUCCCGAAGCCGAAAGACCAAGAUACGAGCAAGAACUUGGAGCCGAAGAAUUACUGAUUGACCUACAAAAUCAUGGGAUGCAUACCCAGCAGGUAUGUAUUGUCCCUGCUGCUUUCAUGAGUGACAGCUUACGAAAUUUGGAUUCAGAUUCCUGGAUACUCUUCCGACCUCAUGGAUCUGAUUGAGGAAUGCACCGCUACGGACCCCGAUGAACGACCGUCGCCACGUUUCCUGCAAGAAAUUAUAGAAUCGAAAUACCCCGAGCUCGAUAACACGCGUUUUGCAGGCAUGCGCACUCUUGUUCCAGAUGCCGGCGAACUAGUAAGUCUGUCAGCGUCGUCAUGCUUUGGUAUUGCUGCUAAUCGCGAAAUGAAGUGGUCUGAAAGUGGUGCGGGGGGAUGGUCUCGACUGGCAGGAAUGGAGGACAAUUACAGAGUGGGCUUGGCUUGGGAGUACCUACCGGAACCCAAUUAG